CUUCCCCACCACCACCCCGGUCGGCGCCUCCCCAACUUGGGGCACGGAGACCUCGCCCGGGCUCCGCAGCACCGUGCCCAGCACCGCCGCGGCCGCAUCCAGCACCUGGGCCUCCCCGCCGCCCCCCACGGCUGAGGCCACCAGCUCCCUGCUGAGCUCUGCCCCGGGCCCCUCCACAGCCGCUUCUGUGUCCCCGCCUGUCUCGGUGUGGACCCCGUCCACUCCCCUGCUCAUCACCCCGGGGCCCCCGGCCGCCAGCAGCACACACUUCACCACCGGCUGCCUCUGCCAAGCCUUCGGGCAGCUCUUCUCUCCCGGUGACGUCAUCUACAACAGGACGGACGGAGCAGGCUGUGCCUUCUCCGCCAUCUGCAACGAGCGCUGUGACAUCGACCGCUUCCAGGGCACCUGCCCCACCUCCUCACCCCCAGUGACCUCUGCCCCCACAUCCCCAACCUCCACAGCUCCUCCCUGUGACCUCCUUGUCCCUGCCCGACAGGUGAACGAGUCCUGGACCUUGCCGGACUGCACGGUGGCCCGCUGUGAAGGCAACAACCGCGUGCUGCUCCUGGAGCGGAAGCCAGUGGCCAGUGUGAGCUGCGUGAACGGGCGCCCGCCAGUCAAAGUGUGGCAGGAGAGGGAGCCGUGUGACUUCCAUUUCGAGUGCGAGUGCUUGUGCAGCGGCUGGGGGACCUCUCACUACAACACCUUUGACGGCACCUCCUACUCCUUUGUGGACAACUGUACCCACGUGCUCAUGCGGGAGAUCCGCCCACGUCACGGGAACCUCAGCAUCUAUACGCACAGCCACUACUGUGGGGCCACCUCGGCCACUGCCCAGUGUCCCCGCGCCCUCAGCGUCCACUAUAAGUCCAUGGAGGUCAUCCUCACCACCAGCACCAGUGCCAGCGGGCAGAAGGAGCCCCUGAUCUUGUUCGACCAAAUGCAAGUGAUCCCGGGCUUUGGCAAGAACGGCGUGAGUGUGUCCGUGACAGGCACCACCUCGAUGGGCGUCAGCAUCCCUGCCAUUGGUGUGGGCAUCAGCUUCGAUGGGCACAUCUUCCAGGUCCAGCUGCCCUACAGCCACUUCAGCCACAACACCGAGGGGCAGUGCGGCACCUGCACCAACAGCCAGACGGACGACUGCCGCCAGCCAGACGGCACCAUGGCCCCCAGCUGCCAAGAGAUGGCCCGUACCUGGCUGGUCCCCGAGAGCAGUGGGGAGGACUGCUGGGCGCCCACCCCCCAGCCCCCAGGCCCCACCACGCCCGCCUCCUCCCCGUGCCCCCCAGCACCUGUCUGCGAGCUGAUGCUGAGCGCGAUCUUCGCAGAGUGCCACGGCCUCAUCCCACCGGGCCCGUUCUUCAGCUCCUGCGUCCGUGAUGGCUGCCAAGCUGACCGCCAGGCGCCCUGCAAGAGCCUGGAGGCCUAUGCAGCACUCUGCCGAGCCCAGGGCGCGUGCAGCAGCUGGCGCAACGCCACCGGCGGGCUGUGCAACUUCACCUGUCCCUCCGACAAGGUGUACCAGCCAUGUGGCCCCGCACAGCCCACGUCCUGUGACUCCAGGUAACGCUCGCCUGAAAGCGAGGGGCUGGCGGAAGGCUGCUUCUGCCCCGAGGGACACACCCUCUUCAACACGCACACAAACGUCUGUGUGCGAGAGUGUGGCUGUGUGGGACCAGAUGGGUUUCCCAAACUUCCGGGGGACCGGUGGGUCAGCAACUGCCAGGACUGCGUGUGCCACAGGGGCUCCCUGUCAGUGCAGUGCACGCCCGUGCUGUGCGAAGCCCGGGAUCGGCCCCUGCAGUGCGGCCGGGCGGGCCUGGUGGCCGUGACCAGGCCUCUGGCUGACAAUCCGUGCUGCCCGGAGACACUGUGCGUCUGCAACGCGACCACCUGCCCCCAGAGCCCACCCAACUGUGCGCCGGGAGAGGAGCUGGUCCGCACACAGGAGGAGGGCCUCUGCUGUCCUACCUUCACCUGCCAACCUAAGCUGUGCACCUACAAUGGCACCGCCUAUGGGAUUGGUGCAACCUUCCCAGCGGUCAUUCCCUGUCACACAUGCACCUGCCUGUCUGUGGACACCCAGCACCCAAAGGUGCAGUGUAAGAAGAACAGCUGCAACACCACCUGCCCCCAGGGCUUCCAGUACUGGACGCUGGACGGGCAGUGCUGUGGGGACUGCGUGCAGACAGCGUGUCUCACGCCGGACGGCUGGCUGAUCCAGCCCAACGAGACCUGGGUCCGCAGCCUCGUGGACAACUGCACGGAGUACCGCUGCGAGGCCAAGAACGGGCUCCACGUGCUCACUCCGAGGCCCCUGCCCUGUCCUGACUUGUCCGGCUGCAAGGGCGUCCUCAGGAAAACUGGCUGCUGCUAUUCCUGUGAGGAAGUGGACUCCUGCCGAGUCCGCGUCAACAGCACGGUCCUGAGACACCGGGGCUGCGCCACCCAGGCCGCGGUCAACGUCACCUUCUGCGAGGGCUCGUGCCCCGGAGCGUCAAAGUUCUCCAUGGAGGCCCAGGCAAUGCAGCGCCAGUGCACCUGCUGCCAGGAGACACGGCUUCACGAGGAGGUGGUGACCCUCCAGUGUCCCGACGGGACAGCGGUCCCGCACACGUACACCCAGGUGGACGAGUGCAGCUGUGCUCCAUCCUGCGUCCCUGCUCCUGAGGCUCCCAAGGACAUCUUCCCGAUCUAGGGGUCCACCACCGGCUGUUGCCGCUCUGACCCCAUCCCGCAAACGCCCUCCCUCCCCACCCGGAGCCAGAACGCACACUACCCAACGGCGGGAAAGCCUGCUGCAGGAGCCCGGGCGCGCCCCCAGCCACGCCCUCGGGAAACCUGUGCCCUGGAGGGUGAUGGGGCCAUCUCGGCGUGCUUGCGGGGUGGGGGUGGGGGGCUCCCGGAGGGGGCCUUGCCCUCGGAGCCCUUCAGCACGUCUUGGCCACCUGCCUGGCCAUCAGCGCCGGCCCCUCAUCUGAGAAACAAGCGCCCGCUCCAUCCGGCCUCGCGCCCUUCUGGGUGCCAGAGGGGUGCCCCGUAGCAAAGUGCACAUCAGCCACCAUGCUGCUCCCCCCCACUGUGGGCCUGCGUGCCCCCGCCCCCUCGUAGCCCCAGGGAGCCUCCUGCUGGCCACCUCCUGCGGCAGAAUUCAGGCUGAGGCCUGUCCAGGCAAGGCUGGCUGCCUCCAGGGAGCGGUGUCAGGCAGGCCCAUGUCUGGACCCGGGCGUGAGGUUACCAUGGCCGACAGGCGGGG